AUGCGCUAUCCAUUGCGCCACAGAGCCCGGUGCUCGGACCCCCUCCGCGCAAGUGACAUCAAGGCGGAGCGGCGGCGUGUGGGGGCAGCCGCGGGCGCGUCCAGACCCGCUUUCUGUCCCGGACAAGUGGGGGAGCUCGUGUCGCCGAGGACAAGUGUGGAUGGGACUUGCGCUGGGAGGUCUGAGGGCCAUCUGAACGCUUCCCUGCGCGGGCGUCACCGGCCUCCACCCUCCGUCUCGCUGACUGCGCGCAGGGAAAAGUCUCUGUGCGAGCUUUCUGUAUCUCAUCCUGGCGGAGGUCUGCAGCGCGCGGUUCCAUAG